UUCCUUGCGUUGCAAUUUUCCGCCUGUGUUCUGGGAAUGACUUCGGAGGGCGAUAGUAGAACGACGGUAGUGCCAUCAUCGACAGCUGCGGUGAUGCGGUCUCCGGCAGAGGUUCACGGGGGAAUAUGUCCAGUGUGCAAUCAACCGGCUACGAAGCGCUGUUCUGGAUGUAGUGCCAUGUACUACUGCAGCGUCGAGCAUCAAAAACAGGACUGGAAGAAUCAUAAAAAUGCUUGCCAUCCGUUCAAAAUCUGCAGUGACGAACGUUUUGGACGCUACCUGGUGGCCACCAAGGAUAUUAAACCGGGGGAAAUUGUACUAAAGGAGGCACCGUUGGUGCAUGGACCAGCCCAGGUUACGGCACCAGUCUGUGUGGGGUGUUUGCAGGGUCUGGUGCAGAACGAGUUUCUCGAAUGCGAACGAUGUGGCUGGCCGGUGUGUCAACGCAGCUGCCAGGACCAUCCCGGCCACCGAGCGGAAUGCAAAUUCACUAUCGCCCGUGGAAGCAAGAUGUCGCUGCAGCACUUCUACGUUCCACAUCCGCUCUAUCAAUGUGUGACUACGCUGCGUUGCCUGAUGCUGGCUGAGACAGCUCCGGCCAAAUGGCAAGAAUUAAUCAAAUUAGAGUCGCACGAGGAGCAACGUCGCGGCUCCAAGCAGUGGCGAGACGAUCGAGAAGGUGUCGCCAAGCUGAUUCCACGGUUCUUCAAGUGUGAAAGCAAAUGGAGUGAGGAUGAUAUAUUGAAGGUGAGCGGUAUCCUGCAGGUCAACGGACACGAGAUUCCAUUGACCGAGCCGGCCUCGGUGGCAGUUUACCGUAGUGCAUCGAUGGCUGAGCACUCGUGUCGGCCAAAUCUGUCGAAAACCUUCACCAAUAAGAAGGAAAUCGUUUUCUGGGCACCGAAUGCGAUUAUGAAAGGUGAUCGGCUCAGUAUAUGCUACUCGGAUGUUCUAUGGGGAACACUGAACCGGCUAGAUCACUUGCAGCAAACCAAACUGUUCCGAUGCGCUUGCGAGCGGUGUAGUGAUUCGACCGAAUUCGGAACCUUUUUUAGUGCAUUAAGAUGCUCGGGCUUUAAAAAGAAUUCAAAUUGCAAUGGACUGCUUUUGCCGGAAAAUGUUAAAAAUUGGCACAGUAAUUGGGGUUGCAACAAGUGCAAGGAAGUGGUAGAAUUCAAAGAUAUUUGCGUAAUUUUGGAAAGAGCAAAGAUGGAUCUCGGUGCCAUGGAAAAAACAAACGAACAGCAUUGCAACAUGUACAUUAAGCAUUACUCUCGUUGGCUAAGCGCAAACCAUCACUACAUUGUGGAUGUGAAAAUUCUACUCUCGCAAAUAAUUGGGAGUGGUAGCCCAGAUGCAAUCAAACAUAUUUCGGACGAAAGUUUGAUGAACAAAAUGAAACUUUGCCAGGAAUUGAUUAGCUUAUUCGAAAAAAUAUGCCCGGCUGAGGCACGUGCCAUCGGUACGACCCGCUUUGAACUGCAUGCCGCUCUGGCUGAGUUUGGCCGCAGAGGAGUGGAGUCGAGAAAUCCGGCCGUCAGGAGUGCACUGGAGGACUCACUCUACAAUGCGAACGAGUGUGUGCGGAUGCUUUCGAAAGAGUGUGACGAGAUGCCCGAAAGCCAGAUUUGCGAGCAAGCCAGGAUCAAUAUGAAAUCGUUGAUGGUGCUGCUUGGUUUACAGGACGUAUGAUGAAGCAGCUUAAGCGAGAUUUGGAACGAUAGAAAAGAUUGUACUGGGGUAUUCGAAAUCAGGUGCAGUGAAGACAAUGUUGUUUGGUUUGAUAGGUUCGUUAGAUUUAUGAUU